AUGUACUACGGCAACCCGUAUCAACCGGUAUGCCCACCGAUCAGCCUCAUUUGUUCCCUCAUGACUGUAUUUUCAGCAAGUGGUCCCAGUCGUGGCGGCUCCUCCGCUCGUCAUGGCCGCUCCGAUGGUCGUGGCGCCUCCUGUCGUGAUGGCUCCGAUGCUCGCGCCGCCCGUCGUCGUCGCGCAGCCGAUGAUUGCCGCUCCCGUCGUGGCGGCUCCAAUCAUCGGAACUCCUGUUGUCACUCCGUACGGCGUUCGCUAUAUUUGAACCGAAAAAAUGUCUCCCGCUUUUGGAUUUUUGUUUUUUCGACAACCGAACCCUUCGGAUAAGUCUAACCAGAAGGAGAACAGUGUUCGUGGGGCAUUUAAUUCCGAGGGUACAACAAUUUUGGGGCACAACAGGGUACAACCUAUUUUGGGGUACAACUUUUUUAAUUUUGGGGUACAACUUCCCCGAUUUUAGGGAAUAAUUUCUGUCAAUUAUUUUAGGGUACAAUAAUUUUAGGGUACAACACUUUUAGGGCACAACUAGCACAUAAUUUCAGGGCACAACUUCUUACAAUUUUGGGGCACAACAACAUGAUUUUAGGGUACAACACUUUUUUUCUCAUUUUUUUGUAUUUUCUUGCAUUUUACUACAAGCCCAUAUUCUUUUUAUACCAAUAUUUCGCUGAUUUUUUUAUUUCAAUGACUCAUCUCUUGUAAGAGAACCAGUCUUUCGACUCGUGCCUUCUGCGGCAGUUCACACAUUUUGUUUUCAUCAAAUCGUGAGGUUAUUCAAAACCUUUUAUUGCAAAAAAGCAUAUGACAGUAACAAGUUGAGCACAAAUGAACGGAUCUGAAAUAAAGAGUAGUUAAUCUAGUCUAUUGUCUAUUGUUUUCUUGCAGUAGAGGUUUUAGUGCACCACAAAAAUAUGCUCCCAAGGGAAGCCUUGAUCCUAUUCUCAUAAACCCGCCUUAUUAAUAGAGCUAUUUAAAACCUAGAUUAACUACUCUUUAUUUCAGAUCCGUUCAUUUGUGCUCAACUUGUUACUGUCAUAUGCUUUUUUGCAAUAAAAGGUUUUGAAUAACCUCACGAUUUGAUGAAAACAAAAUGUGUGAACUGCCGCAGAAGGCACGAGUCGAAAGACUGGUUCUCUUACAAGAGAUGAGUCAUUGAAAUAAAAAAAUCAGCGAAAUAUUGAUAUAGAAAGAAUAUGGGUUUGUAGUAAGAUGCAAGAAAAUACAAAAAAAUGAGAAAAAAAGUGUUGUACCCUAAAAUCAUGUUGUUGUGCCCCAAAAUUGUAAGAAGUUGUGCCCUGAAAUUAUGUGCUAGUUGUGCCCUAAAAGUGUUGUACCCUAAAAUUAUUGUACCCUAAAAUAAUUGACAGAAAUUAUUCCCUAAAAUCGGGGAAGUUGUACCCCAAAAUUAAAAAAGUUGUACCCCAAAAUAGGUUGUACCCUGUUGUGCCCCAAAAUUGUUGUACCCUCGGAAUUAAAUGCCGUUCGUGGCGAGACCCGAUACGAUUACUUUCUAAUCUAGACAAUCAGAGAGAUAUUUGACGUGUGAACAGUCCUGUUAAAGAGACCCGUUGAAGAAUAUUACGAAUCAGAAGAUUUUCCUGAUACUUUUAUACGAUUUCAGAUAA